AUGCAACAAUAUAUAACCUCACCGUUAAUAUUACGAACAUCUUCGUCUACCACGUCCAUAUUUCAAGAUGAACAAUAUGAACAACAGUUACGGUCUCUUGCAUUAUCACCACGUCUCUAUCGUUAUUCUCAUGAACCAUUGAGUACAAAUUUAUUAAGACGGGAUAUUCCACCUAUUUUAAUCUUAUUAUUUUUUCUAUUUUUAAUUAUCAUUACAGUAUCACAACUUCUUGUUAUACACACUAGUCAAUAUGGUACAAAUUUUUAUACAAUGCAAACAAUGCAAGAAGAAUUAAAACAAAUGGAUGAAAGUAUGGAAAUGAUGUUGAAAGAUAAUGUAUUGCCUAUAGAUAAAUGGCGUCUAUUAUUUACUAUUGAAACUUAUAUCCAUCGUUUUCGUUUACUGUUUCAUUCUUAUUAUCGAAUGAUUGAAAAUGAUAAUUUCACUACAAAUUCCGCUAUGGACCAUCAAGAUUACCAUAACAAGUAUCUAUAUGAUACAAAAAUGAAUAGUUCAACCCAAGUUCGUGAAAGAGAUUCCGAUAUUUCAGGUUGGUGGUUGGAACCGGUUAUUAAUUCUUCAAAUAAAUCAAUUAAACAAAUACGCCAUCAAAAUAAAACCACAGAUUAUUUAUUAAAUCCAGUUGGUGCAAAUAGAAAAAUUCUUGCCAAUGUUAAACACAUCUAUGAACAACUGAAAGAACAUGUGAAUUAUCUUGAUAAUAACAACAAUAACAGAUCUGAUAAAAAACGAAAAAAUGAAACAGAUAAAAUCUGGAAUUCAUUGAAAAAGCGACGAACGAAAUAUAAACAACGAUUAUAUUGCAACGAAGAACCAAUUGAUUUAAAAGGUCGUGUAUUAGAUGAAAAUUCAACAUUAUCAAAUUUAACUUUAUACGAUAUUGAAAUGAAUUAUUCCAAUAUCCGAUCAGGUGGUAGUUGGGCACCGCGAAAUUUGAAUUUCUCUUUGGAGGUAGCUAUAAUCAUUCCGUAUCGUGAUCGUCUUGAACAUUUAACAAUCCUUUUAUAUUAUUUACAUCCAAUAUUACAACGACAAGAAUUAGAUUAUAAAAUAUAUGUUUCAGAACAGACUGGAAAUGAUACAUAUAAUAAAGGUGUUUUAAUGAAUGCUGCUUUUAUCUAUGCAUCAUCAGAAUAUGAUUUUCAAUGUUAUGUAUUUCAUGAUGUUGAUCUAAUACCUGAAGAUGAUAGAAAUAUGUAUUCAUGUCCUUUUUUUCCUAGACAUAUGUCCGUAGCUGUUAAUGAAAUGGAUUACAAAUUAACUUAUGAAGAAUUAGUAGGUGGUGUGUUAGCAUUAAAAUCGGAUCAUUUUCUUAUGGUAAACGGUUAUUCCAAUUUAUAUUGGGGAUGGGGAGCAGAAGAUGAUGAUUUGUAUUACAGAUUGAAAGAAGUAUCACUAAAAAUAAUUCGCCCACCGCCAUCAAUCGGACGUUAUAGAAUGUUACAACAUACAAAACGUACACCAUCUGUAUGGAAUAAACGUGCGAAAUUAUUAUUUUCAGCCGCUAAACGUUACUCGUGGGACGGUGUGUCAUCAGUAAAGUAUAAUUUAACAAAUGUAACCGCUUAUCCACUAUUUACUCAUAUACUAGUCGAUGCUGGAUCACCACCACCCGGCUUCCGUUAA